CCAUCUUCCCAUAUGUAGAUUGAUCACUUCCUACAGAACCAAGUUUAUUCAGACCCUGUGCUCUGAGGGGUUUCCUUUAGAAGAAAUUGUAUAUCUAUUUCAUGGCCAAAGGCAAUUAUUCAGCAGUAACUGAGUUCAUCCUCUUGGGACUCACAGACAAUCCAGAGCUUCAAGUCAUUCUCUUUAGUGUCUUCCUAGGGAUUUACUUAGUUACUGCUGUGGGUAAUCUUGGUUUGAUUGUGAUAAUUCAAAUCAGUCCUCAGCUUCAGACACCCAUGUAUUUUUUUCUCUGUCAUCUGGCUUUUGUUGAUUUUUAUGGUACCUCCUCUAUCACCCCAAACACCCUGGUGAACUUUGUGCGUGAAAUUAAAAGUAUGUCAUUUUAUGCAUGUGCAACUCAGGUGUGUUGUUUUAUCACGUUCUCAGUUUGGGAAUUAUUACUGCUGUCUAUCAUGGCAUAUGAUCGGUAUGUGGCCAUCUGCAACCCUUUACUCUAUGUAGUUCUCAUGCCAAGGAAACUCUGCAUUCAAAUGGCCACUAGCACAUAUAUUUAUGGAUUCACUGUGGGAGUUGUACAGGCAGUGGCUACAUUCCACAUGUCUUUCUGUGACUCUAAUGUGAUCAACCAGUUCUACUGUGAUGAUGUUCCAUUGAUUGCUCUAGCUUGUUCUGAUACACGUGUCAAAGAGCUGAUGCUGUUAAUUAUUGCUGGAUUCAAUGUGUUUUGCUCCCUUAUCAUUGUUCUCAUCUCGUAUGUCUUCAUUCUCUUUGCCAUCCUGAGGAUCCACUCUGCUGAAGGAAGACAGAAAGCCUUCUCUACCUGUGCUUCUCAUCUAUUUUCUAUUACUAUGUACUAUGGAACCUUAAUGUUCAUGUACCUACAGCCCAAGUCAAGCCAUUCACUGGAUAAAGACAAAUUUGCCUCAGUGUUCUAUGUAGUGGUGAUUCCCAUGUUAAACCCACUGAUCUAUAGUUUGAGGAAUCAGGAGGUAAAAAAUGCCCUGAAGAGAAUUAUUGAAAAAAUGUAUUUUAAUGAUCAAUAGUGAGAUAAAAGUUGUCACUAAAAAAAAAAAAAAAUGGCAGAUACAGAAUUAGGAGAUUCUUGAGUCAAGGCUUGCACAAUGGUAUAGCGCUAAUAAGUACAGGGACCCUUGUCCUCUGGGACUCAGCUUCCUAAAGUCUAGU